GACCAAUCAGACGGGAGAUCGGUGCAGAUGUUUUCCUCCUUCGCAGUCUCUGUUCCACCAUGUUGACAAGAGAUAAAUUUGCGCUUCGAUGUUAAAGAAAAGCGGGAAUAACUGGACAAAAAAUCCAAAAUGACAAUAAUUCGUUCGCUUCGCUACGUGCAAAAAACUCGACGAAGUUGGAAUUCUUACGUAAAGGAGACGAUUGCCAAUGGGCGCGUGCUGUUACGUAGUCUGUUUAGACUCGAUCCAAAAUAUUCGGCAAGAAACAAAUUGCUUGUGGUCCAGAAAUCGCCGGGAAACAGAGGAGUUUUUGGAAAAAUAAUCGCCUUUAAACAGUCCCUCGUACAACAGAUUAUAACAAGAUGUUCUUCCAAUUCGUUUGCUGCAAUUUUAAGAAGAAAUGCUGUAAAAGAGUUGAUGUGUGCUAAUGGAAUGAGAGUUCCCAUUUUCUGUUUUGUUGGACUGUCCCUUGCCCGAGGCCCUUCGCUGCUGACCGAAAAACAAGAACUCGAAGCCGUUCCUUGGGAAAUUAGAAAUCUCCUUUCUAAUUACGUGCCUUUCGUCACGCUCUCCGAUUACGGUUUCUCGGGUAGUUUUAGCGACUUCGAAAUCGGAAACGUACUGGCUAAAGGAUGCAAUGCGGUGGUGCACGGCGCACGCCUGAAGGGUUCCGCUUCCAAAGCUCCCGUCGAAUCGACGGAUCCUCCGACUUGCGCCGCUCUGCCCGUCGGAUCCCUGGAUCCUUACGAUAUUGCCAUCAAGAUGAUGUUCAAUUACGACGCGGAGUCGAAUGCCGUCGCCAUCUGGAAGGCCAUGAAUAAGGAAAUGAUACCCGCUAGAGGUGGAAUGUUUGGCAAAAAUGUAUCCGUGAUGAUGGACGGAGAGCAGAAAAAAUUGCCUCCCCACGCUAACGUGGUGGAAAUGUAUUUUGCUUUUGUGGAUAAAUUUCCGUUACUGCCUAAAGCUAUGGAAUUAUUUCCGGAUGCCCUUCCUUUUAAAUUGAAUAAAAACGGAUUGGGUCGGAACAUGACGCUCUUUCUGGUCAUGAAGCGUUACCACUGCACUCUUCUCGAAUAUUUAGACAGACACAAACCCACGCCGCAUACCUCUCUGUUGCUGUUGACUCAGUUGUUGGAAGGCGUUUGCCAUCUCGUUCGACAUCAAAUAGCUCACAGAGAUCUCAAGUUGGAUAACGUAUUGCUCGAUCUCGCUCGGGGAUUGGCCAAUCCUCAUUUGGUAAUUACGGACUUCGGGUGUUGCUUUUCCGGAAAGAGUCUACGGAUGCCCUAUUAUUCGGACGAAAUAUGUAAAGGUGGAAACGUAGCUUUGAUGGCACCGGAGGUGAUAACGGCAAAACCCGGUUUUUUCUCCUCCGUCGAUUAUUCGAGAGCGGAUUUGUGGACCGUGGGAACGUUGGCAUACGACAUUUUUGGCAGUAAAAAUCCAUUUUAUUCCGAUUCUGAUAAACGGAUGAAAAAUUACUCGUACGACGAGAAAGAUCUUCCGCCUUUACCCGAACUUGUUCCUUCUCCGCUUAAGAAAUUAAUUAAGGAUAUUUUGAAGAGAGACUUUCGCCAAAGACCCAGUCCGACCUUAGCCGCCACCGUCUGUCAACUUUUAAUUUUAGCACCGCCUCGCUGGACGAUGCAGUACGAUCCAAAUGACUAUCGAAAGGUCCUCGAAUGGCUGGUCUGCACCGCAGGAAUCACAAUAUGUCGAGCCGGUCGGAACGGGCUACAGAGACCCGUCGAACAACAAUUGUGCAUCACCUUCUUUUCUCGUUUUCAGUUAUCCGAAGUUCUAGAAGCACUAGAAUAUAUUUCUUCGGAUUGAAUCCAUAAUUAUUUUUAUAUUUUGUUGCGUUUCCACAUAGUUGUUUUUAGAAUUAAAAAAUUUUUAAUAACAGAAAUAGUGAAUAUUAAACAUCCAGAAUUUUCACAGAAUUGUGUGAAACAAUAGUUAAUAGUUGUAUAUUUAAUAAAGCAUAGUUUGGUUUAA